AUGGUUCCUACUGGUCCUAGCCUGAGCGCUCCUAGUGGUGCGACACAGAAGAAGGCCCAUCAAAGCUAUGUCGUCCAGAAAGAGGCCGCGAAGGACAGUCUCGAGUUCACAAUGCGCGUAGAGAAAAUCAAGGAACUCCUGGCCCGAGAGAUAGACACUGCAGUGCAGGAUUUCAACAAAGACCCAGACAAGGUAACAAAACAGAUCCAUAGUGGCUCCUGGAAGAAAAUGACCCGAGAACCAUCUAUAUUCAAUGCCGUGGUGCCAUGUCUAGGGAAGGAGGAGGAGGAUAUCUACCCUGGGGAUAUUGCCAUGGUUAGAAUGUCUAAUGGUAUUGAAGUGAUGAUUGGACAAUAUAGUUUGAUGUUUGGGAAGUUGAUCUAUGGUGCAACAUUAGUCAAAAUGGUCCUGCACUAA